AUUUAUUAAGAUUUAAUGAACAAUCCUCGUCCAUCAUAACUCCCAGCUCAGAAGGCAACACCAUCAUAAUUACCACCUCCUACUUAAUAAUAGGUUCCAGAAACAUAUUAGGCAUAACCAAAUUGGGUUCCUGCAAGCUCAUAAAUUCAGCCAGGAGUUUUUGGCUAACCACUUCCACUUUAACAAACAGGAUUAAUUUAAAAUCCACAAUAUUUGUAGUAACCUGUUUAUGCUUAAUAACAAUUGAUAUAAUCAAGUGCGCCAGUCGUCACAUAAGGAAAUGUAAUUAUUAAUAAUAAUCAAAUAGGCAAUCAAGGGUGAAUCUCGCAUUGAAUAUAUUCCUUAUACAAAAGAAGUGACAGAAUAUGUGACAUAAGAGGUAGUCGAAUAUGUGCCAAGAGAGAGAAAAAUUACUGACUAUUAUGCUGUGGAAUAUGUGACUGAACACAUUCCUUAAGUAAUCUAAGAAAAAUACAUUGGUAAUUGAUUCUGUUUAUGAUUUAUGCAGAGUACGUACCAGUAGAAACAAUAAAAGAGAGAACUGAGUACCAAGCAGUGACAAAAUAAAGUGUGGUAUAAGCACCAAUUGAUUAUUAAUAAAUCCAGAAAACUCAAUAAUAUCAAGGUAAAUAAAUUUUAUUUAUAUUACUUUUUGUAGCUGCCCCAAUUUAAUACGCCUAAACCUAUACACAACCAAUUCAAUAUGCUUAAACUUCCUCCUAAUUUGUACCAACUACUUAGAGUCAAUAUGUGACAGCCCCAGUAACAAACUCUUAAUUUGUUUCUUAACCUUAUUCAACAACUACAUAUGGAGCUCCCAUUACAACUUAUGGUUAGUUGACUUAGAAUUCAGCAUAUUUACCAGCAGCAACAUAUGCCCAACCUGGAAUUGGAUAGGUGACAACAACUACGCAGUAGUAUUCAACUGGAUGGCAAUAAGUAUACCCAACAUCAACAGGAAAUGUUUAGCCUUAAUUGCAAUAGUAUUAAGUAGGUCAACUGCAAACAUCAGCAUAGAAUCCUAAGUACGCAUGAUGAUAUUAUAAAUAAGG